UGAUGAAGUCAUCCAGGAAAUAAAGUGUGUCUGCGGUCUUACGAAUGAAAUACGACUUCAGUACAAUGAUGCUGAUUUUGGCACUUGGGUUAACUUAACUUCAACCUCACAACUCAAGGAUCUAGGCACUUUGAAAGUUAUUCCAGUAGAACCCACUGUUACUUUAUUUUUGGAGCCAGUUGGCACGUCUGUGAAUAAGGCCAGUUUUCUCAGUCAAGAUGAUUCAAGCAUCUCUGCAAGCUCGGAUGACACACUACCCAUAAGCAGUGCUUCCUCUGACACCUAUAGAAAGGAGCAGUGGCCCAAGGUGUUUGUCAUCCCAACUUUCUCUCAUUCAACAGAAUCCCAACUUAGGGAUGGAAAUGCUGAGUAUCAGAGAAGCCAGGCUAGACUCACUCCCAGUUCCAAAAUGCUUUCAAACAUUCUGGAAACGCUCGCCGACAAAGUCUAUUCUUACAGAUCCUAUCCUAGCGAUGCAGACUUGAGUGAGGUGGCAGAGGCACUCACACAGACACACCCCUGUCUGAAAGAACCUGGGUCCUUUAACCACAGUUAUGGAUGGAAACAAAGACUUAAGACAAAGAUGUAUAACUAUCGCACAUACCUGAAAUCGCACAGUUCAUCAUCUGAUGAGCUGUCUGUCAAUACAGUGAAAAGAAAGUCCUCGAUGGAUUCUCACCCUGCAAAGAACAUAAAGAAACCCAGGCGAGCUGAGUCUAACCAUUACCCAUCUCUACCUCUCAACAAGACCCCGGAGUUGAUGGAGCAAGAGAGAAUUGCCCUAUUGUCUGAGGUAAAGAAAAGGAACAAUGUCAAAACAAUUAGAGAGAAGAUGGCACAGACGUUCGCAUUUAGGAGGCAAGAAAUUGUCGACAAGAAAACACCUUUGCUCAGUAUCAUUGAAAGAUGGCCGGCACUCAUUGACGUUCAAGAGGUGAACGCAGAGUUCUUGAGAGUAACCACAAUACCACUUGAAGCAAGAUUCAUGCAGAACCUUGAUGAGAAAUGCACUGAAAUGAUAAAGGUUAUCAGAAAGAAGGGAGGAGCCAUUCGGGAGAAGACAAGGCUGCUGCCAGUUGUAGAAAAGGAUACUGACACGGCUACAAAGAGAGAGAUUGCACUUAAAUGUCUCAUCCUUAACAUGGGAGAAGCAGUGGAGGACCUCAUCAAAGAUUUCCUGGUGUCAGAGAAGGAAGAGGCUGAAGCAAUUCUUCAACAGGAAACCAUGGCAAUAUUUGUCUUUAGAGAUGCCCAAGCUGUACCCAAAGACAUUGGCAUCGUACUGGAGGGACAAAAGGUUCUGAGCGAGUUGCCAUCCAUUGCAAAUGCUGUUGCCAUUCUCCUGGGGCUCCUUUAUACCCUCAAUUUGGAAUAUCCAAAGACACUGAAACUGACAUUUGAGUACAUACAGAAAGUCAUCAUGGAGCUGGACCCAAAAGGCAUGACCAAUAAAGUCAAGCGGCUCUACGACCAACUCUACAAUAGAGCUUAAUUCAGGGUUCCCACACAUCCCUGCAAAUGUUUACCCUGCAAUUCAUUUUGUGUUUGAGUAGCUGGCUAUGGUUCGGCAGUUGGUUCAGUAUUUUUAGUAGUAUAAUCUGUCAAGCCUUGGCAAUCAGCUGUUCUAAAUGCUGCCAAUUUAUUUAAGUUUACAUUGUAUUAUGACGGUGUACGCAACAACUCCAUACUUGCGUUCUGUUUCAAACUUUUUUUUUUUUUUUUUUUUUUUGGCUGGUGGAUAUUAUUUGUUGCAUCAUAAAAAAAAAAGAUUUCUGAUGGAAAAAAAAAAAAAUCCUAAUUCAAUGCUUGUCGAAUUCCACAGAUUUAAGAAAAUGUCAAUGUUUGCCAGCUACUAAAUGUUAAAAAAUGUUUAAAAAAAUCUGAAAAUGUCAAACUCAGAAGAAUGUUAAAAAUCUGACACUUUAGUAGCAAGU